CGCAUCGCAUCUCUCCCGGAACUGCGCCGGCGACGGAGGAGGAUGAGCUCGGUGGCGAAGAAAGGAUGGAAUCUCUAUAUGAUUCAGCUCCAGCAUCAUCCUCUUCGAACUAAGGCGAUCACUGCAGGGGUUUUGUCAGGAAUCAGUGACUCAGUGGCGCAGAAGAUGUCUGGGAUUCAGAGGCUUCAGCUAAGGCGGCUUGUUCUUAAAGUGCUCUUUGGAGUUGCAUAUCUUGGACCUUUUGGCCAUUUUCUACAUAAGUUGUUGGAUUCCAUCUUCAAAGGGAAGAGAGAUAGUAAGACAGUAGCUAAGAAGGUAUUACUGGAGCAGUUGACAUCUUCUCCUUGGAACAAUAUGCUCUUCUUUUUAUACUAUGGGCUGAUUGUUGAAAAGCGGCCUUGGCCACAGGUGAAGAAUAAAAUUGUUAAGGAAUACCCAUCUGUGCAGAUGACAUCAUGGAUGUUUUGGCCCGUAGUGGGUUGGAUAAAUCACCGAUAUUUGCCACUGCAGUUUCGCGUUAUAUUCCAUAGCCUUGUUGCAUUUUGCUGGGGGCUGUUUCUAAACCUCCGAGCAAGGAGUAUGACUUUGAUUAAGCAAUAGGGAGUCUGUCAUCAACCUUUUGUG